AUGGUUUCCGCCACUCGCAAGCGUCGCGCGGACGACGCGCUCAUGUCGCAGGCAAAGCGCGAAAUGCCUUCCGCGAGUUCCUCACACUCUGCAUCUUCGUCUCUCGCCAUCGAGCCAGUGGCCGCCGCCGACGCUGAGCGCCUCCGUCGCAAGCUCGCCAACCACGGAACGCGGCUCAUUCGCCUCCCGCCAGAGAUGCGGAAUAGGCUGUACAGCUUGCUCCUCCCAGAGAGCAAAGAUGUCAUUCUCAGGUAUCCGGUCAAGAGCGGAGGUGGCAACCUCCCAAACACUCCCAUCCUCCAAGUCUGUCAGGCGCUGCGCGAGGAGGUAGCUUCUGCCUACUUCAAGGGCACCUCACUCGUGGUUAUGCCUAAUCCCGGCAUGAACCCCUUCCCCUGGAUCCCAAAGUCACUUGAGACCAUUCCAAGCAUGCCCGCGCGAUACUGCACCACCAUCCACGUCACAACCCGGGUCUCGAUUCCUCAACAUCUGCAUUACAACUGCAGAGCCCGGACAAUGGUCGACAAAGUCUCCUGGUCGACCCCCGCCACCAACGUCGUCUUGGACACGACCGCAACCAACAUCGUCUUGACCUUCUCGCUGAAUUCCAACAACGCAUACCGCGUCUUCACGGACUUCAUCAACCCACGCGAUUUCGUUGCCGGGAAUGGAUCGUUGCCUCAGGUCCGUCAAGACAAGUUUGACGACAUGUGGGAGUUUGCGAGUGUGCAGAUCGAGGCGUUUGAGGAGAAGAUGAAGGUUGUGUUGAUGGGCCGAGAUAUUCAACGAGAUGCUGAAGGAGCUUUCAUCAUGGUCUUUGAUUACCCUGAGGACCGGGAUGAGUGGAGGACGAAAGCGGGUGUCAUGUUGUGA